UUUAACCCUAAAUAAUAGUAGUCCUCAUAGUCCAUAUUCUAGAACGCACGAGAAAUAAAAGGAAGAAAAAAUGGCGUUUUUAAGGUCAGUGGUCACCACAAAAACAACAGCCAUCGCCGCAGCCACUGUUGCAAUUCCGGCCGCCUUCGCUCUCUCUCACCUCCCCUCAUCGCCGCCGUCUUCACACUCGUCGGAUUAUUUCAAACGGCUAUCCAGUAACGUUUCUUUUGGGUCUCUCAGUUAUACUUCGGCCUCCAUUCGUAGACCGGCGAAUUCGGGUUCUAAACCGGGUUCUGUAAAGGGUUUUGGGAACCAAACUUCGGCUGUUGUUGAAAUGGAUCAGAAACCAGCAAUCCAGGAUGGUGCGGUAUUACCUGAGCUGCUGACUGAAUUUAUGGUGGAUAUGUCAUGUGAGGGCUGUGUCAAAUCCGUCAAGAACAAAUUGCAGACUCUCGACGGAGUUAAAAAUGUCGACGUGGACUUGACCAAUCAAGUUGUAAGAAUUUUCGGGACUUCACCCGUGAAGACAUUAACCGAAGCCUUGGAGCAAACCGGUCGAAAAGCCAGAUUAAUCGGACAAGGGGUACCCGAAGAUUUUCUGGUUUCGGCUGCAGUCGCCGAAUUCAAAGGUCCGGAUAUAUUUGGUGUUGUCCGAUUAGCUCAAGUGAGUAUGGAAUUCGCUAGGGUAGAAGCUAACUUUAGUGGUUUGCCACCUGGCAACCAUGGUUGGUCAAUCAAUGAAUUCGGUGAUUUGACCGAGGGUGCUGCAACCACCGGUAAAAUAUUCAAUCCCACCAAAAACGGAGAAGAGCCUCUUGGUGACCUGGGAACAUUAUACGUCGAUGAAAAAGGCGAAUCGUUUUUUUCUGGGGUGAAAGAAAAUUUAAGAAUCAAUGAUCUGAUUGGACGAUCAGUAGUUGUAUACGCAACGGAAGAUAAAUCGGACAAAGGUAUAGCAGCUGCGGUGGUAGCAAGAAGUGCAGGAGUUGGUGAGAAUUACAAAAAACUUUGCACUUGCGACGGUACGACUAUCUGGGAAGCAACCAAUUCCGAUUUUGUCCCCAGCAAAGUUUAAGCAAAUAUCGCCCAAGAGUUAGAUUUAUGUGUGAUUUUCCGGACUAGGUUUGUACUGUACACUUUCGACAAUUUGUGUCUCUAUGUACAAUUAAUCUUUAUGAAAAAAAAUAAUAGAAGGGGUGUAUGUCAUUUUAGUAAGCGAUCGAUCGAAAUCUGUAUUGUCAUCCCUCUCCAAGUUAGUCACUCGGGAUUAAGGGUGUAAAUUGGAAUAAAAUUUUCAAAUGUCAUCGAUUUUUGAACAAUAUUUUUCAUUC